ACAGUAUUUAAAGAAGAGCUUUCAAACUGCUUUGUAAGCGUAAAGCAAUUUACAUAGUAUCCAAACACUCUCAAAGAGAAGUUUUUGUACUUUAAGAAGCUAAAGCCAGCUUCACAGAAGUCAUGCCAAACAAGGCAGAGACAAAACACAAAUUGGGAUCACUCAACUCUCCAACUCCAACCAAUCCAUGAAUGCCACCAUGAUACUCGUUCUCUCUUGUGCAUGAAACCCGGAUUUUCUGUUGCCAUUAGAUUCAAAUUUCAACCAACCUACCAAAAAUUCUAAAAACAAAUGCAAAAUCAGCGUAUUUUGAUCAUCAGAGAAAGAAAAAGAGUGUGUUCCAAUGAGGAAGCAGGUGGUGGUGGCAGUGGCAAGCACGGCGGCAGCAGUGGUAGUGAUAGCGGCCAUGGCAAGGCAGUGGAAAAGGAGGAAGGAGAGACAGUGGAAGAGAACGCAGAGAAUUCUGCGCCAAUUCGCGAGGGACUGUGCGACUCCGGUGCAGAGGCUGUGGCUGGUGGCUGACGAUUUGGUUCAUCAUAUGGAAGCCUCUCUUGCCUCAGAUGCAACAGUGACAGGGACUUCCCUCAAGAUGCUGGUUUCCUACCUUGAUUUUCUCCCAGCUGGAGAUGAGGAAGGACUGUAUUAUGGAGUCAAUUUGCGAGGAUCCAAUUUCUUGAUAUUGUGUGCUAGACUUGAAGGCAAAAAUGUACCCAUUUCUGAUAUUGAAAGGGAGGAGAUUUCCAUUCCUUCCAAUUUGAUGGAUGGUACUACUCAGGAACUGUUUGAUUUUAUUGCGGUGGCGCUGGAAAAGUUUGUUGCAGAGCAUCCAGAGAACAAGAAUGAAACACCAGAGAAGGAACUGGGUUUUAUAGUGUCAUAUCCAGUGAACCAAGCCGUGUUGUCCCUCGGAACCGCCAUCAAAUGGAACAUUUUCUCAGCUGAUGACACUGUUGGAAAGGAAUUGGUAAACAACAUCAAUCGAGCUCUAGAGAAACACGGUGUGACAAACUUGCGCGUUUCCGCAAUGGUUGAUGAUACUGUUGGUCAUCUGGCUGGAGGUAGAUACUAUAACAGAGAAAGUGUUGCUGCAGUGUCUCUUGGAAUGGGCACGAAUGCUGCUUAUGUAGAACCAGCAGAAGCAGUUUCACAUUGGCAUGGUCCAUCACCCAAGUCAGGCGAGAUGGUAAUCAACAUCAACUGGGGAGAUUUCAGUUCACCUCAUCUUCCAAGAACCGAAUUCGAUGCUUGUUUAGAUGCUGAAAGUUCAAACCCCGGUUGCAGGAUAUUCGAAAAGCUAAUUUCAGGAAUGUAUCUGGGUGAAAUUGUGAGGAGAGUUUUACUAAAAAUGGCGCAGGAAACAGCAUUAUUUGGAGAGACUGUCCCAUUGAAACUUACUAUUCCUUAUCAAUUAAGAUCACCUGAUGUGGCUUCAAUGCACCAAGAUACAUCAGAGGAUUACAAAGUGAUUGAUGAAAAACUGAAUGAAGUGUUUGGGAUCAGCAAUUCAUCUCUGUUGGCUAGAGAAGUUGUAUCAGAGGUUUGUGACAUUGUUGCGGAACGUGCAGCUCGACUAGCUGGAUCUGGAAUAGUUGGGAUCAUCAAGAAGCAAGGAAGAAUACAGAACAGGAAAAGUGUUGUUACAGUGGAAGGUGGGCUAUAUGAGCAUUACAGGGUGUUUAGAAAUUACCUGAACAGCAGUGUUUGGGAAAUGCUUGGAAAUCAACUCUCAGACAAUGUGGUGAUUGAACAUUCUCAUGGUGGUUCAGGAACUGGUGCUGUAUUCCUUGCAGCCUCACAAAAGAAGAAAUCUGUUUCAUAAUACUUCGAAAUUUCACAGUACCAUGACCAAAAAAACCAAUUCAAUUUUUUGC